AUGUUUUCACGUACAAAAGUAGCAGCAAAAGCAACAAAAGGAUCGAUUGUGCAGAAAGAACAGCGGCUUAUGAUUUCGGGUCGAACAGAAGCUAUAGCAUCGUUUGGUCAACAAAGAAUUUGGUUUCAUGACCAGCUAUACUUUCAUGAUUCCGAUUUAUCUGUCUACAAUAUUGUAGUUCCAUUAAUAAUCAAACAAGGCUCACUCUCAAUUGAACGUGUAAGCUCGGCCUUACGUUCAGUAAUUGAACGGUAUACGAUUCUCCGUACUGCUGUUCGUUUUAAUCCAGGAAAUAAUCAGAUUGAACAAUAUAUUCAACCUAUUGCCGAUGAUAUUUACUUAUUCCAACAUUCACGAGGAAUAUCGACAGUGGAACAACUGGAUGAUCUACUUACGGCUGAAUCCAUUAGGAAACAUUUUGACGUGGAGAACGGAAGAGUUGUAAAAUGUCAUGUAGUGGAGCGAGGUGAUAAAAGCCAUGGUCAUUUAUUGCAUGAAAAUGACCUCAUUAUUUUUACUAUCCAUCACAUAGCAUUUGAUCUCACCUCAAGCAAAUCAUUCGUUAAAGCAUUUGAGCGCGCAUGUUGGACUGACGCACAACAUCGAUCAACAUUAUUGAUUCAACAAUAUAUAGACUUUGCUCAAUAUGAGCAGGAACUUCUAGCGGAUGCAAAUCCCAAUUCACAGAUGAACAAGGCACGUCGAUUUUGGUUCGAUCUUAUGCAGGGUUAUGAUUGGGAUCGAAUACGAAGCUUGGUGCCUACCGAAAUUAAACAUGAUCAAACUCGUUCUGGUCGUGGUUAUUCGACUGUAUUUGUCGUUGAUCAACAAGUUGUCGAUGCCAUGAUGAUGUUUGCUUCAUCCAAUAACAUUACGAUGUUUUCGCUGACAUUUGCCUCCUUCUAUGCGUUCUUAUUCAAGUUACUCAAUAACGAAGAGGACUUAUGCGUAGCAAGUGUUGUAGCUAAUCGUUUUAAUCAAGAAACAAAAGAAAUGAUCGGCAUGUUUGUUAAUAUUCUACCAUAUCGAAUACAAAUUGAGCCAAAUAAAUCAUUUAAUCAUUUCGUGCGAAAAGUGCAACAACUAAGUACUGAUAUUUUGGAACAUGCGUCUCUACCAUACCAAGAGAUCAUUGGUCUACACGAUAAACAAAAACAUCAGCGAUUGCCAUCGACAUUCUUUCAAUAUGACUCUUUAAUGUCAUCUGUGACACAAAAAUCUACAAUGGAGUUAACUGUAGAUAAAGAUUCAGUUAUUGGUGCAUAUUAUGAUCGAGAUCGAAGUCGCGGUAAUGGAUUAUCUACAUUCGAUAUGAGUGUAACAAUAGCACAUGAACAUCAUACGCGAACUACAGAAUGUGUUAUUGAUUGUGCAGUUGAAAUAUUUCAAAAUCAAGCUAUUGUCAAUAAACUUGCAACCCGCUUUCAGCAUAUACUUAGACAACUAUUUUGUUCUUCGAUUGUUGGCGUGCCAAUCUAUAAUCAAUGCAGUAUAUCCAUCAACAACUUAUCCCUUAUUUUACCCGAAGAAAUCGAAGAAAUACAUAACGUAAUCUUUCACAGAUUACCGGCUAUUGCAAAUGAAGCACCAGCUUCCUAUGCACAAGCUCGUAUAUGGCUUGACGAAAGAAUUCGAUUCGAUCCUGAUAAACCUCAAGUAGCAAUCUAUAAUAUGCCUUUUGUUUAUCGUCUGCAACCAGAUCAUACUUUAUCAAUAGAACGAUUACUUCAUGCUCUCCAACUAAUUGUCUUAAAACAUCAAUCACUUCGUACAUCGCUUGUCUUCAACGCAGAAAAGAACCAAAUCAUGCAACGAAUCAUUGAUCUGAACAAUGAUCAUAAACAAAUGCUUUCAGUUAUCGAAAGUACUCAUGAAACAGAUAAACAACUCACUGAGAUUAUGCAUGAUGAAAAACGUAAUCCUCAUCUUUUUGAUCUUGCUCAAGGUCUUGUCUUUCGAUGUCAUAUUAUUUAUUACAAACAAAUCUCUUCAAAUCAUCUUCUUUCUCACAAAGAUAUACUUAUUUUCAACUUUCAUCAUGCUCUAUUUGACUUUCCAUCAAUGAAAGUUUUUCAUCAUGAUCUUAAUCAAGCAUAUACAACAGGCCAAUUAUUAUAUGACAACAACACUAAUCUUCGUUAUCUCGAUUAUGCUGUUAUUGAGCAACAAAUGCCAAUGACUGGUGCAAGUAUGUUUUGGCUUGAUGCUCUUCAAGAUUGUAAACUCGAUCAGCCAUUAUCAUUGCCAUUUGAUCGAUAUCGUCUCUCAAAUGAACACCGAACUGGUCGUGGAACAUCUAUUUCUUUUGAUUUUGGUCAAGAUCUAUCACAUGACUUUCUUAUUCAUGCAUCAUCAAAUAACAUUUCACUGGAGCAUCUUGCACUUGCUACUUAUUAUGUGUUUUUAUUCAAAUUAACAAAUGGAGAAAAAGAUUUAUGCAUUGGAAUAAAUACAGAUGAUCGAUAUAGAGAUGAACUUGGAUCUAUCAUUGGAAUGUUUGUGAAUGCUAUACCUUUGCGAUGUCAACUAGAUCCUCAUUUAUCAUUUCACAAAGUCACUAAGCAUGUUCAAGAUAAUAUGAUAAACUGUAUGAAGUAUUCUUAUUUUCCUCUUCAACAUAUUCUCAAUCAACAUCCAAAUAUAUCAACUCCUGUAUUUCUUGAUACAUCAUUUGACUUUGUAUCAUCUACGACAAAAGAUGAGAAGAAUGAAAUAAUGAUCGGUGAUAGUCGAUUUUCUUUACUACCUUAUUCAAUUACUAUUAGUGAAGAUGAAAUCAUGAGUAAAUUUGAUUUUAUUCUUAGUUUUCAACAUGAUCUCAAUCUAAAUAAAUUCUCAUGUACCGUUAAUGCUUCCGUUGAUUUAUUCAAUGCUGAAACAAUCUGUAUAAUUGCACAAAGAUUACAGGCAAUGUUACAUCAACAAUUCACAUCUUUUAAUAGUAAAACAAACAAACCUAUUCAUGAAUUACCGAUAACAUUAUCAAAUGAGCAAUAUCUAAUGCAAUCAAUGAAUAAUACACAAAUAUCAUUUCCAUCUGCUUCCACUUGUAUUCACCAUGAAUUUGUAUAUCAAGUAAUGAAACAUCCACAAAAACUAGCUGUUGAACUAGAUGAACAAUUAUUGACAUAUUGUGAACUGUUGUAUUAUGUUCAAACCUUAUCUUUAACUCUUCUUAAUGAAUAUCAUAUCUCUCCAGGUGAAAUCGUGUGUCAGUGUGUUGAGAGAAGUUUAUCAAUGGUGAUUGGUAUUAUGGGAAUUGAAAUGGCUGGUGGUGUCUAUUGUCCAUUAUCACCUCGAGAUCCACAACAUCGUUUAAAUGCACUUGUACAACAAACUCAAAGUCGUCUUGUACUUGUUCAUUGGUUAACGAAAACAGAGUUUAGCGAUGAUACUCUUACGAUUGAUAUUCAUUCAAGAUUCGCUAAUAAUGAUGUAAUGAGCGAUGGUGAUGUUGAUCGGCUAUCAAGUAUUACAGUGACACCUAAUGAUAUUGCUUACAUCAUAUUUACAAGUGGU